AUGCAACUGUCAAUUUCUCUUGCCUUGGCUGCCGCCGCCACUACUGGCAUGGUCUCUGCUCUGCGAAACUCACCAGACCACGCCAGCCGCUACACAUUUGCCGCGCCCUACGACCAAUCCUUCGGUGAAGGGUACUCUGUCCUGAAACAUAUCGGCAGUCUGGGACCCUACACCAACCAUGUCUCAUAUGGUGUAGGUCGUGACCCUCCUGACGGAUGCCGUGUCGAUCAAGUCAUUAUGCUGCGCCGCCACGGCGAACGAUACCCACAGUCUUCCGAUCGCAAGCCCAUCAAUGCCGUACUCGAUCGCCUCUACAGCUUCAACGUUACCCAAUGGCGUGAUGACCUGCAGUUUCUGAAUACUUGGAAGUGGCAGGUCCCGGACAGCAUCUACGCCCUCGAGACGGCGUCUGGACCCUACAAUGGCCUGUUGACGACAUACAAGCAUGGUAGCGAGUACCGUGUCCGCUAUGGACACCUGUUUGACCCAAAUUCAAGCAAAAAGGUGCCCAUGUGGUCGGCCAAAUACGAACGAGUGACGGAAACAGCACGAAAGUUUGGUGAAGGCUUUUUUGGCUGGAACUACACCACCUCUGCCGCCCUCAACCUCAUCCCCGAGACGUACAGCCAGGGAGCCAAUAGUUUGACACCAAGAUGCCCGGCAGACAAGGACUAUGGAAAGAAGUGUCAGGAUAUUCCAAACUAUCGCCCCGAGUUUGAUGUUGCAGCUGCCCGCUUGAACAGUCAGAACCCAGGCCUAAAGCUUAAUGGUUCUGACAUUUACGAGCUCAUGUAUUUGUCGGUCUAUGAGUUGACUUAUCAGGGAUAUUCCGAUUGGACCAACGUCUUUACACUUGACGAAUGGGUCAACUUUGGCUACGUCGAAGAUCUUGGCUUCUACUAUUGUGUAGGGCCUGGUAACAGUAAAUACACUCUCGCCCGCGGGUCCGUGUUUGCCAAUGCUUCUGUGACUCUGUUAAAUGAGGGCCCCGAGAAGAAUGGUGGCCUGUUCUUCAACUUUGCCCACGACUCCAACAUCACACCCGUCCUGUACGCCCUGGGCAUCCGCGUUCCCGAUAGAGACUUGCCCAUGGACCACAUCCCAUUUCCGAACCCGUACAAGAUUGCCGACAUCAUGCCCAUGGGCGGCCACUUGGUUCUGGAGCGCAUGCAGUGCAAUGCCACCGCACACAGCGCCAAGGACAUCUACGUGCGCGUGGUGCUCAACGAGGCCGUGAUCCCCUACACAUCCUGCCAGGAUGGCCCUGGAUUCUCGUGCUCGUUGAAGAACUUCACAGCAAUGUUUGACAAGAGGCGUGGAGACUACUUGCAUGACUGCAAGGUGAAUUCGAGCGUGCCUCAGCACUUGUCGUUUUGGUGGGAGUACAACACCACAAGCGAGAACAAUUACCCCACGACGCCGAUCCCGUACCAAGGCCUUACGUAA